UGGAUUUUGGAAAAGUGUAGGAAUAAUAAUAUAUUUGAAGAGAAAAGUUGUUAUUUUAGUGUUUUUUCUACGUAUUUCAACUGAAGGGCGUUUGGAUGCGGUCGCAGAGAAUACUAGGAUAACGUUGUGGCGUUUUGGCAAAAAAGAAGCGAUAUUUUACGUAAAAAAAUUGAAAUUGUUUUGUCAUGAGCAAGUUUAGAAAUGAGAAGAAACCUCCGUCUCAACCACCUCCAGUGACCACAACGAACGAUAUUAUUCCAGGAAAAUUCAACGAAAACCAAUGGAAUUCUAUGGUCGAGGAGGAAAGCAGUCAGGAUUUUAUCCUGGAUCUCCUUGAUGAAAUACUUGACUGUACGGUGCAAGUCAUCCAUGAUAAAUAUAUCCAAAGUCAACUCCAGCCAUAUUCAGUUCAUGCUGCUAAAGACCUUCUCUUACAAAUCAUAGAGUCGAGAUUCCUCGAACAUGAUCUGGGGGAAGUGUCUCCUGCUAACGAUGUAACGUGGCUUGAAGAUGAAGAGCCAAUACCGUGCGUCACGGAUUCCUGGUCACAAGGCUCGGUUCCAGUCCAGCGUUGUCAGUCCAGACCAUUGUCAGCAAGAUGUGAAUCCAGGACUCUCACCCGGAGCUGCUCCGAGUCUAACUCUCUGGAGAACUCACCAAGAAGCGAGGGUGUAGAAAGUUAUGAAGAUCGAAAUGAAGUUGAACCUGAGGCGGAACGAAAUGAAACAACACAAGAGAGUUGUGAAACAGAAAUCCCCCCUCCCUUGGAAGUUGUUCCCUCGCCUCCACCUACUUCUAGGGUGGUAUCACCUGGUCGACGGAAGCACGUUGUAAAAACUACCAAAAAGACAACGCAAUCAGAAAGAAAAAAGUCGAAAACACAAGUUGUUGAACAGCGCGCAAGUCAGGCAGACCCCGUCGAGAACACCGGCUCAAUGAAACCAGUUCAACAGAUUCGAACAAGUAGAGCCCCUCCUGGUGAACAAGAAGUGACGUAUGAUGAACAGGGGAACAUUGUGGCUAUGAUGAGGUUUAGUGUGGAUAAACUAACACACAGGUACGUCUGUGGAUACGUCGAUUUGACAUCGAUGUUGAUAGACUGA